AUGACGAUUAUAUUAGAUGUAGGGACAAAAGAAAUCAAAGCAGGAUUAUCAAAUGAAGAACUCCCAUCAUUAAGAAUGUCUCCUUUCUGUUAUAAACAAGAAAACAAAUAUAUUAAUUCAAAUUUUUUAAAUUCAAAACAAUGCAUGAAAGAUUAUGAACCAUGUAUAUUAAAUGGAGAAUUAAAUAAAGAGGCAUUUAUUUCGACAUUAGAAGAGGUAUUUAAAAUAUAUAACAGUGACUCUGUUGUAUGGGUUAAGUCAAAUGAUCAUCCAAGAAUUAUGGGAAAUGAGUCAUAUGAAUUAUUAUUUGAACGUUUUGGUAUUGAUAAAAUUUAUUCAUCUCCAUCUCCUGUUUUAGUUGCAUUAUCAUAUGGACAAACAAAUGGAUUAGUUUUAGAAUGUGGAAAUAUUUCUUGUUGGUGUUCUGUAGUUUUUUCAGGGUAUGUUCUUGAAAACUCAAUAACUCAACUUAAUCACGCAGGUAUUUUCUUAUCACAACAAAUAGUAAAUAGAAUGGAGAGAGAGAAUAUUAACAUUAUUCCAAAUCCACCAGAACAUUCAUCUCUGAGUUAUAUUAAUCUUGCAAGAGAUUCAUUUAUUGACCAAUUAAAAGAAACUCCCAAUACAUUUAAUCAAUUUGAUAUAAAUAGUUAUUGUAGAGAGUUAUUAUUUCCUUUAGUAAUAGAUGAAAGUAACAUUGGUGUAGAUAAUACUGUGUUAAAGUCUUUAAUGAAAUGUGACUAUGACGUCAUCAUGGAAGUAUCAAAUAGAUUAAUACUAGCUGGUGGUACUUCUUUAAUCCCAAACCUUGGAGAAAAAGUUAUAAAUACAAUGCAUACUUAUUUCCCUUCAUUUUCUUGUGAGAUUAUUAAGGGACAAACACCAACGCUCCAAAGAUAUGCAGCGUGGAGAGGAGGAGCAAUGAUUGCUGACACCAAAUCUAUUCAAAAUAUAUGGGUUACAAAAAAAGAUUAUGAAGAGAAUGGAAUAGGGAUUGUGGAUAGAAAAUGUGGGUAA